AUGCUCCGGUUUAUUUCCAGGGCUCUUGCCUUUUGGAGGAAGGUGGACUCGUCGGAAGCAGAGAGGGCGCAGCAUCAGAGGCUCCUGGAAGGUCACACCAAGUCAAAAACUGUGCAAGGAGUCGUGACAAAGUUCUGUAGUAACUAUGGCUUGAUCGAUGAGUUGAUCUACUUCAGCAGUGAUGUUGUGACUGGCAAUGUGCUCCUGAAAGUUGGGCAAAAGGUUACUGCAGUUGUGGAGGAAAAUGAAACAUCUCAUGGAUUGAAAGCAAUCAAAGUGGAUGCUUUCUGUGAUAAUAGCCACGGUGAUGAACUGCCAGACUCCUGUACUAGAAUCUCACUUGGCUGUAUGAACUCUCUGAUGGAAGGUGUUGAGUUCAUUCAUCACACAGCUUACUUCUCUCUAGAUGUUGUUUGUAAAGAUUUUGAACCUUAUCAGGGUGACCGAGUAGAAGUUGUAUUUUCCAUCCAGCCAGACGCACAAAGCAGAAAGGCCCUCUCAGUGAAGCCUCUGAGACACAAGCACGUGCACAAGGUUUGCAUUACUAGCCUGCAGGGAAGAAAUGGGGUGUUAGAUGAUACUAUCUUUUUCACCCUGGAAUCUCUGAAACUUCCUGAUGGCUACGCACCUCGAGUAUCUGACAUGGUCGAUGCAGUCGUGGUGGAGAGUGUUCAGUCCUGCUAUGUUUGGAGAGCAAUUUCUAUGACUCUAGUGAAAAGGGGGUAA